AUGGAUGAAACACAAGUGAGUGUGGAGAUCCCAGUGAAGGCUGUUGAAGAAGUUGAGACUAAUGGAAAGCUUGAUUCAUGUAUGAAGUAUGUUGCUGCCUCUAGAAGUUCAAAAAAGGGUAUAUUUUCGGCUCCUUUUCUAGCCCGAGUCAAUGGGAAGAAGUACCUUGAGUCGUCCCUUCGCUGGUCUAUUGGUGGAAAUGAACUUCGACUAGUUGAAGCUGCAACUCGACAGUUGAAUACCUUGCCAUUUUACCACUCCUUUUGGAAUCGUACAACCAGACCUUCUUUGGAUUUGGCAAAAGAUCUUCUGGAAACUUUUACAGCUAGAAAAAUGGCAAAAGUCUUCUUCACCAAUAGUGGUUCCGAAGCCAAUGAUACUCAGGUGAAGCUGGUCUGGUAUUAUAAUAAUGCACUUGCACGUCCAGAAAAAAAGAAGUUCAUAGCUCGACAAAAAUCGUACCAUGGUUCAACUUUGAUAUCAGCAAGCCUUUCUGGCCUCCCAGCCCUGCAUCAAAAAUUUGAUCUUCCUGCUCCAUUUGUAUACCACACUGAUUGCCCCCAUUAUUGGCGCUAUCACCAACCAGGUGAGACGGAGGAGGAAUUCUCAACCAGAUUAGCCAACAAUUUAGAGAAUCUUAUCCUAAAAGAAGGACCAGACACUAUUGCGGCGUUCAUUGCCGAACCUGUCAUGGGUGCAGGAGGAGUGAUACCUCCCCCUGCAACUUAUUUUGACAAGAUUCAAGCUGUUGUGAAGAAAUAUGACAUUCUAUUUAUUGCGGAUGAGGUGAUCUGUGCAUUCGGAAGACUUGGGUACAUGUAUGGGUGUGAUAAAUACAACAUAAAACCAGACCUUGUAUCUGUAGCCAAGGCACUUUCUUCUGCAUAUAUGCCAAUUGGUGCUGUUCUUGUGAGCCCAAAAAUUGCAGAUGUCAUACAUUCUCAAAGCAGCAAGCUUGGUUCAUUUUCUCAUGGAUUCACAUACUCUGGACACCCUGUAGCCUGUGCAGUUGCAAUUGAGGCGCUCAAGAUAUACAAGGAAAGAAAAAUCGUUGAACAAGUAAAGAGCAUUGCCCCACAGUUUCAAGAUGGUAUAAGAGCCUUCUCUGAUAGUCCCAUUAUAGGAGAGAUACGGGGAACUGGAUUGAUCCUUGCUACAGAAUUUACAGACAAUAAGUCACCUAAUGAUCUAUUCCCUCCUGAAUGGGGGGUGGGAGCAUAUUUUGGAGCCGAAUGUGAGAAGCAAGGGAUGCUGGUACGUGUUGCUGGUGAUACCAUAAUGAUUCCAUUCCAACAGAUGUCCCCUCCAUUUAUAAUUACUCCUAGUGAGGUUGAUGAGUUAAUCAGCAUAUAUGGGAAAGCAUUGAAGGCUACUGAAGAGAGGGUGAAGGAGCUCAAGUCUCUCCAGUAG